UAUUCCUCGAAAAUAGAAAAAACACAAACGUGGUAAGACCAAUUAUUCACACACAAAAACACCCACGGUGGCUUCUUUUUGAAUUUUGAGUGACCGUGGGGUUAUGUUAUCUGUGUGAAAAAAGAAAAGGGAAAAAAAACAACAACAUGGGUUGGAUUCCUUGUUCUGGAAAUUCAAACACUAAGAAGAAGAUUAAGAAGAAGAAGAAGUUGGAAGUGCACGAUCCGAUCAAAGCUACCCCGCCAGGGAAAUUGAAGAGGAAUUCAUCUAUAAAUUCCAAAGAUUCCUCUAAAAGUGGAAACCUUGAUCACAUUGCUGCACAGACAUUCUCAUUCCGUGAGUUGGCAACUGCAACUAGAAACUUUAGAGCAGAAUGUCUUUUAGGCGAGGGAGGCUUUGGCAGAGUAUACAAAGGGCGUCUGGAAAAUAUUAAUCAGAUUGUUGCAAUUAAGCAACUUGACCGAAAUGGGCUGCAAGGGAAUAGAGAAUUCCUCGUUGAAGUGUUGAUGUUAAGUCUUCUUCACCACCCUAACCUUGUCAACCUGAUUGGUUAUUGUGCUGAUGGAGAUCAAAGGCUUCUAGUUUAUGAGUAUAUGUCAUUAGGAUCCUUGGAAGACCACUUAUAUGAUAUUUCUCCUGGCAAGAAACGACUUGACUGGAACACACGAAUGAAAAUUGCUGCUGGGGCAGCAAGGGGAUUGGAAUAUCUACAUGACACAGCUAACCCUCCUGUCAUAUACCGAGAUUUAAAGUGCUCCAACAUUUUACUUGACGAAGGGUAUCAUCCAAAGUUAUCUGAUUUUGGUUUGGCUAAACUUGGCCCAGUGGGGGAGAACACCCAUGUAUCCACAAGGGUUAUGGGCACCUAUGGAUAUUGUGCUCCAGAGUAUGCAAUGACAGGUCAACUGACUCUAAAAUCAGAUGUUUAUAGCUUUGGUGUAGUUCUUCUGGAAAUAAUUACUGGAAGGAAAGCGAUUGACAAUUCAAAAUCUGCAGGAGAGCAGAAUCUUGUUGCAUGGGCUAGACCCUUGUUUAAAGAUCGAAGAAAAUUUUCACAAAUGGCUGAUCCAAUGCUCCAAGGUCAAUAUCCUCCAAGAGGGUUAUAUCAGGCCCUUGCUGUUGCAGCAAUGUGUGUUCAGGAGCAGGCCAAUAUGCGUCCAGUUAUAGCUGAUGUUGUCACAGCUUUGAGUUACCUUGCUUCACAAAGAUAUGACCCCAAUACACAGACAGUACAAAGCUCUCGCCUUACUCUUGGUACUCCUCCUAGAACCAAGAGGGGAUAUGAUUGUGUGGUGCAAAUACCCAACAUACAACACACUGCAAGAUAUAGGUUUAUAGAUGUUAAUACCAGUUGUCCUAUGGUGGUGUUUUCUCAGUUUAGAGUAGAGUUGCUAAAAAUGUUGUGAAAAUUUUUGUUCUACUUCUGGUGCACAGAACUGCUCCGAUUUCCAUUUGGAGCCAAGAUGGUAUUUCCACUUUCUUUUCCCUGAAUUUCUAUUUAAGAGCAAAUUACUGGAUUCAUGAUUCAUAUUCCUUCUGUCUAGGCAAUGGUUCCCCAUGUGUACUCGCAUUCCAUAGUUAUCUAUUCUUCUAUAUCCUUGUUGCUGUAUAGUUAUGAAGCUCUAUAGAAAUGUUGCUUUUUUAAUCAAGAAAGUAUGUAUAU